AUGAAGCGUGUCCGAGCUGUCCAAAGCUUCAGCGAAGCAAUUGCUAUCCGCAACCAGCUUCCACGCCACUCCCGCCUCCUCUCCACAGCUAUCAUCGCUCGAACUGCAACCCCGCAAUCCACACCGCAACCUUCCCCAUCGUCUCGAUUUCCAAGCCGUACUACCACCACAGCUCUGCGACAUGUCUCUACCGCUCCCGCAGCCACCGAGACUCUACAGAAGACCCCUCUGUACGAUCUUCAUGUCGCCCAUGGCGGGAAGAUGGUCCCGUUUGGUGGUUUUCACAUGCCGGUCCAAUAUGAUUCCCUAAGCGUUAGCGCUUCUCACCAUUUCACACGUUCUCAUGCUUCCCUCUUCGAUGUUUCGCACAUGGUCCAACAUCAUUUUACUGGUUCUGAUGCGCAGAAGUUCUUGGAGAGGAUUACACCUGCUGGUUUGGAAGAAUUGGGGGUUCACAGAAGCACAUUGAGCACAUUACUCUUACCAGGCACGGGAGGAAUUGUGGAUGAUACCAUCAUUACGAAGCUAGGAGAAGAGGCUUUCUACGUGGUCACCAAUGCAGGAUGUCGGGAGAAGGAUUUGAAAUAUUUCAAUGAGCAGUUGGAAGAGUUUAAAAAGGAUGGGAACAAGGGCGUGGAAUGGCAAGUCAUGGAUGGAUGGGGAUUGGUAGCUCUCCAAGGUCCUUUGAGCGAAGCGAUCCUCACCCACAUCCUCGCCGAACCAAAAGAUUACAAGUUCGGGGACGUGACAAAUCUGAAGGAAUUAUACUUUGGCGAGUCGGCAUUUAUCCAGAUCAAACUUCAUACCGGAGAACUUUCUCUUCCCCUUCUUGUAAGCCGAGGAGGCUACACUGGCGAAGAUGGGUUCGAAAUCUCCAUCUCCCCUGAACAAACAGUCGUCGUCACACAGACACUCCUCAGAUCCGCCGGACCCGAGAACCUCCAACUCGCUGGUCUGGGAGCAAGAGAUAGUCUCCGUCUCGAAGCAGGAAUGUGUCUCUACGGCCACGACCUGGACGAGUCUGUCACCCCCGUUGAAGCAGCUCUCAGCUGGAUUAUCGGAAAAUCACGCAAAUCCCAAACUCCUCCCACCUUCCAUGGCGCAUCAACCAUCCUCUCAAAGCUCACACCCAAGAGUAAAGGAGGGCAGGGAGUAGAACGCCGUCGUAUCGGGUUGGUGGUCAAAGGUGUUCCUGCGAGAGAAGGCGCGGUUAUUUUGAAUACGGAGGGAGAGAAGAUCGGGAAUGUGACGAGCGGAUGUCCUAGUCCCAGUUUGGGCAAGAAUAUUGCUAUGGGGUACAUUAAGGACGGGUUUCAUAAGUCUGGGACGGAGGUUGAAGUUGUUGUUAGGGGGAAGAAGAGGAAGGCCGUUGUUGCUAAGAUGCCAUUUGUUGCCAGUAAGUAUUGGAAGCGGCCUUGA